UGUCUUGUUAGGGGAUUUGAUUUUAACCACUAAAAAAAUAUCUUGUAUAGUAAGUCUUCUAUGCAAGUCUUCGAGGAAAGGAAUACCAAGUUUCUCCUUUCGUUCUCUCUCUCUCUCACACUAUGUUGUAUUGCUGAUUUACUUCUCUUACAAAUCUUCUUCUCUGCUCUAAGUUCUUUCUAUCGUCUCUAAUGGCGGCUUCUUCUUCUUCUUCUGGUAGCCGGAGAUACGACGUUUUCCCAAGCUUCAGUGGGGAAGAUGUUCGCAAGACGUUCCUCAGCCAUCUUCUCAAGGCUCUCGACGGAAAAUCAAUCAAUACAUUCAUGGAUCAUGGAAUCGAGAGAAGCCGCACAAUCGCCCCUGAGCUUAUAUCGGCGAUUAGAGAAGCGAGGAUCUCAAUCGUGAUCUUCUCUAAGAACUAUGCUUCUUCCACGUGGUGCUUGAAUGAAUUGGUGGAGAUCCACAAGUGUUGCAAGGACUUGGAUCAAAUGGUGAUUCCGGUUUUCUACUACAUUGAUCCUUCGGAAGUUAGAAAACAGAUCGGUGAAUUUGGCGACGUCUUUAAAAAAACAUGCGAGGACAAACCAGAGGAUCAGAAACAAAGAUGGGUGCAAGCUCUCACAGAUAUAUCAAAUAUAGCCGGGGAGGAUCUUCGGAACGGGCCUGAUGAAGCGCAUAUGGUUGAAAAGAUAGUCAAUGAUGUUUCGAAUAAACUUCUCCCUCCGCCAAAGGGUUUUGGUGACUUCGUCGGAAUUGAAGAUCAUAUAGAGGAAAUAAAAUCAAUAUUGUGCUUGGAAUCCAAGGUAGCUAGAAUGGUAGGGAUUUGGGGACAAUCAGGGAUUGGUAAGAGUACCAUAGGAAGAGCUCUUUUCAGUCAACUCUCUAGCCAAUUCCACCAUCGGGCUUUCGUAACUUAUAAAAGCACCAGUGGGGACGUCUCUGGCAUGAAGUUGAGUUGGGAAAAAGAACUUCUCUCGAAAAUCUUAGGCCAAAAGGACAUAAAUAUGGAGCAUUUUGGUGUGGUGGAGCAAAGGUUAAAGCACAAGAAAGUUCUUAUCCUUCUUGAUGAUGUGGAUAAUCUAGAGUUUCUUAAGACCUUGGUGGGAAAAACCGAAUGGUUUGGACCUGGAAGUAGAAUGAUUGUGAUCACUCAAGAUAGGCAACUUCUUAAGGCUCAUGAUAUUGACCUUUUAUAUGAGGUGAAGCUGCCAUCUCAAGGUCUUGCUCUUAAGAUGUUAUGCCGGUCUGCUUUUGGGAAAGACUCUCCACCUGAUGAUUUGAAGGAACUAGCAGUUGAAGUUGCCAAGCUUACCGGUAAUCUUCCUUUGGGUCUCAGUAUCUUGGGUUCAUCUUUAAAAGGAAGGGACAAAGAUGAAUGGAUGGAGAUGAUGCCUAGGCUCCGAAAUGGUUUGAACGGAGAUAUUAUGAAAACAUUAAGAGUCAGCUACGAUAGAUUAGAUAAAGAAGAUCAAGAUAUGUUCCUUCACAUCGCGUGUUUAUUCAAUGGUUUUAGAGUCAGUUCCGUCGAUGAUUUAUGUAAAGAUAAUGUUGGGCUUACAACGUUGGUUGAUAAGUCCCUCAUGCGUAUUACACCCAAAGGAUAUAUAGAGAUGCACAAUUUGCUAGAGAAGUUGGGUAGAGAAAUUGAUCGUGCAGAGUGCAAUGGUAAUCUUCGAAAACGUCGAUUUCUGACGAAUUUUGAGGAUAUUGAAGAAGUACUUACCGAGAAAACUGGCACAAAAACUGCUGUCGGAAUACGUCUCUACACAGAUUACGGGGAAAAGCGAUUAUUAUCAAUAGAUGAAAAAUCGUUCAAAGGCAUGGAUAAUCUCCAAUAUCUAUCAGUUUUUAAUUGUUCAAUUAAUAUAAAACUACCUCGGGGUCUCUUUUUUUUGCCCUAUAAACUCAGAUUGCUAGAAUGGGAAAAUUUUCCAUUGAAGUCUUUGCCUUCUACAUUUAAGGCUAAGUAUCUUGUUGAACUCAUAAUGGUGGAUAGUAAGCUUGAGAAGCUGUGGGAAGGAACUCAGCCACUUGGAAGACUCAAAAAGAUGAAUAUGUGUGGUUCCAAAUAUUUGAAAGAAAUUCCAGAUCUUUCUAAAGCCAUAAACCUCGAGAAAUUAGAUCUUUAUGGAUGCUCAUCUUUGGUGACACUUCCUUCCUCGAUUCAGAAUGCCAUUAAACUGAGGAAGUUAAAUUGUUCGGGAGAGCUAUUAAUAGAUUCAAAACCAUUAGAAGGCAUGCGUAAUCUCCAAUAUCUAUCAGUUUUAAAUUGGUCGAAUAUGGAUCUACCUCAGGGCAUCGUUCAUUUCCCCCAUAAACUCAUAUCUCUAAGAUGGUAUGAAUUUCCAUUGAAGUGUUUGCCUUCUAAUUUUAAGGCUGAGUAUCUGGUUGAACUCAUAAUGGUGAAUAGUAAGCUUGAGAAGUUGUGGGAAAGAAAUCAGCCACUUGGAAGCCUCAAGACGAUGAAUUUGAGUAAUUCAAAAUAUUUGAAAGAAAUUCCAGAUCUUUCUAAUGCCAUAAACCUAGAGGAAGUAGAACUUUCUGGAUGCUCAUCUUUGGUGGCACUUCCUUCCUCGAUUCAGAAUGCCAUUAAACUGAAUUAUUUAGAUAUGAGUGAAUGCAGAAAGCUAGAGAGUUUUCCAACUCAUCUCAACUUGAAAUCUCUGGAGUACCUCGAUCUCACUGGAUGCCUAAAUUUGAGAAAUUUCCCUGCAAUCCAAAUGGGAAAUUUAUACGGCUUUCCGCUAGAUAGUAUAUUUGAGAUCGAAGUAAAAGAUUGUUUCUGGAACAAGAAUCUCCCUGGACUCAAUUAUCUCGACUGCCUUAUGGGAUGUAUGCCUUGUAAAUUUAGCCCAGAAUAUUUGGUUAGUCUUGAUGUGAGAGGCAACAAGCUUGAGAAGCUAUGGGAAGGCGUCCAGUCGCUUGGAAGUCUCGAGUGGAUGAAUCUGUCAGAAUGUGAAAACCUGACAGAAAUUCCAGAUCUUUCAAAGGCCACCAAUCUGAAGCGUUUUUAUCUCAACGGGUGCAAAAGUUUGGUGACACUUCCUUCUACAAUUGAGAAUCUCCAAAAUUUGUUAGGGUUGGAAAUGAAAGGAUGCACAAGGCUGGAGGUUCUUCCAACCGAUGUCAACUUGUCAUCUCUCGAUAUCCUCGAUCUCAGUGGUUGCUCAAGUUUGAGAAGUUUUCCUCUGAUUUCAUGGAAUAUCAAAUGGCUCUAUCUAGAUAACACCGCCAUUGUAGAAGUUCCCUGCUGCAUUGAGAAUUUCUCGAGGCUCACUGUACUAAUGAUGUAUUGUUGCCAGAGUUUGAAAAACAUCCACCCGAACAUUUUCAGACUGACAAGUCUAAUGCUCGUCGACUUUACAGACUGUAGAGGUGUCAUCAUGGCGUUGAGUGAUGCCACUGUGGUAGCGACAAUGGAAGAUCACAUUUCCUGUGUACCAUUACAUGAAAACAUUGAAUAUACAUGUGAACGUUUCUGGGAUGAGUUAUAUGAUGAUUACUCUGAUGAUGAUUACUUCGAGGUAGAUUGGGAAUAUUUUAGCUUCCGUAAUUGCUUUAAAUUGGAUAGAGAUGCGCGAGAACUCAUCCUACGAUCAUGCUUCAAGCCUGUGGCCUUACCAGGUGAAGAAGUGCCUACGUAUUUCCAAUAUCGAGCUUAUGGAGAUUCCCUAGCUGUCACUUUACCUCAGAGCUCUCUUUCUCAAUACUUCUUGCUAUUUAAGGCUUGCGUCGUGGUUGACCCUCUCUCGGAGGGCAAGGGUUUGCAUCGCACGUUGAAGGUAAACGUUGGCUUCAAUGGCGCACAGUAUAAGAAAUCAUUUUUUGAAGAAGCAGAAGAACUGCAGUUUUGUAAGACGGAUCAUCUGUUUUUCUGUUCAUUCCAGUUCCACCAUGAAGACCUUCCAUGUAAAUUGACUCUCAACGAUGUGGAGUUUAAGUUUUCUUGCUCCAAGAUGAUAAAAGAAUGUGGUGUACAACUCUUGAAUGUCUAUCCAUCUCCAGAUGGUAGUGCUGGAAGCUCUGAAACAGAGUACAACCAACCGACUAGGAGAAGCAAGAAGCGGAUGCGGAUGACAUCGGGAACAUCUGAAGACUAUAUCAACUUAACCGGUGACCAAAUUGUAGCGGGCACAGGAUUAGCCGCUCUAAAUUUGGAUCUUUCGUUAGGGCAGGGAGAAGCAUCAUCAGUUUCUUCUUAUCCAUCUCUGGAGGGGGAAGCUUUGUGUGUUGAUUACAUGAUAACUGAAGAACAAGCUGAACAAAUUCCUAUCUUGUAUCCUGUUUCUGAUGAUGAAGAGUUUUCGGAGAACCAAAGUCCGUUUAGUUCUCCAACUCCGGAGCCUUAAAGUGUUUGUAAUUUCUUCUUUAUCUGAAUGCAGAAACACUCUGUGUUUGUUUGAACAUUUCGCUUUUCUUGAAAGAAUAAAUGAUUCAAAAACAUCUUUGGCAUGGAUUUGUAUUGUCCAUCAUACAUCUAUCUAUUUUUAAUAAAGACAUUGAAUUUGUGAGCUUA